GUACCUAAUGUACUCAAUUCGUUUUGAGUACAAGUCCUGAUAUGCUCAGCGAACGUUUUCGAUAAGACGGAUUAAAAUUUCAUUUGAUGAAUUUCCAUUAACGAUUCUGAGUGUAAUAAGUGAGCCAGUGUGCAUUUGAAUUUGUUGUGAAUUGCUGGAAAUCCUCAAAGUUCGCAGUAUGUCCCAAGACUCGACGGAUGGUGAUAUCGAAAUCAAACUUGUGGAAGACGAAGAUAAAGAUGACGUCAUAGACUUGGCAAGACGAUUUUUCAACCGUGAUGAACCUCUCAACGAAUACAUUGGCCUAACUGGGACAGAUGGCAAGUGUCCAGAUCUGGAAGCUUAUAUCUUGUCCACACUGGAAGAAGGAACUUCUGUCAAGGCUGUGUCUAAUGGUAAACUGGUAGCUUUCUCGAUGAACGGUGUUGUUUCUAGACAUGAGCCAAACGAGAAAUCUUGCGUCGACAGUGAAAAGUUCCAAUUGAUAUUGGAUUUUCUUCUCUAUAAUACUGUCCAAUGUGAUAUUUUUGGAAAAUAUCCUGAUAUUGAGAAAGCGAUGACUGUGAAGAUCAUCUCCGUUGAUCCCUGCAUGAGAGGUAGAGGAGUGGCAACAAGACUGGUCGAUGAAACUAGAAAGAUCGCUAUAGAGAAAGGAUGCAAGCUAAUGUACGUUGAAUGCACCAGUUAUUUUUCAGCGCAAAUCAUGAAGAGGCUAGGUUUCGAGAAAGUAUAUUCCCUGAAGUACAGCGACUAUAAAAUUGAUGACAAGAUAGUAUUCGAUCCUAAGAAACCCCAUGAAGAGUACACUGUGUAUGUACAAAAAUUAGAAAAUUAAAUUUUCUGAUACAUUUCUCUACGCAAUGAAUUUACACAUUUUGAAGAAAUGAAAUUUAUUUCAAUUUGCACAUUGAAAUAUCAUAUAAAAAACAGGGUUGUGAAAAUUUUUUAAAAUUCAAUGAUUCGAAUUCAGAUAUGUUGACAAGGUAUAUUUUUGAAGAUAAAUAACUAGAAAUCAAACAAAAACUUAUUUGUAUUUAUUGGAAAGUAACAAGGUUCAGUUCAUUAACAAUAUAAAUGUUCAGCUAAAUAUCUAAAUAUUACAUAUUUUAUCGAUUGAACGUGUUAUAUAUUAUAUCAACGAUGAAUGUAUACUUUUGUAUAUCUAUUUUUGGUCUUUUUCUAUUUUCAUAACUGAUAACUUAUAUAUUCUGUUCAUGUUGAAUUAGAUAUAAGUGCUCAUUAAUUUUAUCUAUUUAUUGGUAUAUUUGCUCAAUAUAGGUGUGAUAAAAUAUCCAUAA